AUGAAACGUAUUAGUUGUUUACUUUAUCGACAUCAAUCAUAUGGUUUGAUCAAAUGGAAUGACGAAAGGUUGUUAAGAACAGCUGUCGUAUCGUCGCCUGCUUCGAUAAAUGUGGUAAAAUUACGUUCGAAACGCUGUAACAAUUUGGUUCCUUCAUGCUUACUUGUUAAAGAUAAAAGUUGGAAAGAGAAAUUGGAAUACGCUGCUGCUUGCUAUCAAGUUAAUACUGAAGAUGCAUUAAAUAUCGUUGUCUCGCUUGCUCGAGAAGAUUGCGAAAAAGGGACGAGUACGGCCAAUCGUUUACUUUAUUUAGCCAUGGAUAUGGCUUUAAACCAGAGUCGCAUUGAUAUAGCUGAAGAAAUGUGCAAGUUAUUACCUCGACAUGUUCACAUAUUAGCAACCAGUUUGAAAAUUCGUCUUUUCGUUCUUCAAAAGCGGUUUUGGGAUGCAUUGCAUGAGGUGGAAAAAGUGUUAAAUGAAGAUACUGCAAGUUUGGAUGUGUCGAUGAAGAUUUCGAAGUCUGUAAUGGACGAAUUUUACAAAACACUUUCGACUUGUGACGAUGCAGUUGAUGAGGCGAAAAGAUUAUUUAUGCUACAAAGGCUACUCAGUAAGUACAAUAGGCGUACAACGAAGACACUUCGUGAAUUGCUAUUGUCUGACAUGUAUAUUCCGUCCAAAAGAAGAUCUAUGGAAAAUAAUUUUAAAAUUGAUCGUAAUGUAUUAGACAAAAUUGUGGAACAAAUUCCGGAGGUGCUUACUGAUAAUAAAACAUGA